AUGUGCUCUGCUAGGGUUUCUUUUUCUCAUGCUUCCAUGCUGGCCGUCGAUGGUUCCUAUGGUGACGGUUCAAAUGCUGAUAAGGAAGAUGACGAUGAUGGGGAGCAGGGAGGCGGCUGUGAUGGGGCGGCCAGGGCUGCUGCGGUUUCUGCUCGACCCUGCUAUCCUUUAUUCAUUGAUGGAAUAGCAGACUCAGUGGAUUACUUUCAGGUAAGGGAGCUAUUUCUGCAGCAAGGCAAAUUGACUAAUGUCUUUCUUCAACGCAAGAGGAAAAGUGGGAGGAAAUUCCGUUUUGGUUUUGUUCGGUACGCUCACAAGGAUGAUGCAGUUAGAGCCAUGGAAUUAUUGGAUGGAGUCAGACUGGGAGGUGCUUAUCUUUCUGUUAAACCUGAAAUUUUUUCUGGCAAGAUGAAGGGGAGGUCUCGACAUAGGUGCUCUGUUCCAGCUGUUCCUAGAGCGACUGCGAAGGAUUCUCAAGGGCGACAGUUUCUUCCAGGAGGGUCUUCUUUGUGCCGCUCCUAG